AUAUGGAUGUCGUGCGCUGCUAUAUUAGAUGGUUUGCCGGCCUUUUGCAGGGCAGGUCAGAGGGUUUGGAGGUUGCGGUGUCCAUUGAUACACCUGGACAUCGUAGAGGACCAUAUGCCCGAGCGUGUCUUACGACAGUUUGGGCAUACACAGAGUAUACCCCCUGACGUUCGUCAUGAGCUCCGACACUACCAGCUGGACGAUCGGGCUGCCGUUGAUGAUGAUUUUCUGGCUUUCAUGGAUGUCCAGCUCCACCGUUGGGAAAACAGGUUGGGCACUUUAGCGGUGGUCGGCCAUUUGACUCCCAUUGAGGAUUACAUGAGCUGGUAUCAUCAGACCACACGCCGAUUGAUCGGCAACCCAGCUUUGCAUUCCCCUAGGGAUGUAGGAUACUCAGCACUCGCGGGGCAGUACGAGGCAUUGCUGGUGGCCGUACAGCGUUUACGCAUCUUGGGGUUAGAGCAUAUGCCUUACCCUGGGCUUGCGGGGCUUGCGUUGGAUAUAGUACGGAUAUCCGAGGAUGGUAUCCCGACAGGCAGGAGAGAUUAGGCGCAGGAAGGAGCUUGUUCCGGAGGCUGAGUAUCAGGCAGUGCCAGGAGGAGGACCGGGUGCUCCCAGAGGAGGAGGCCGUGCUGGCAGAGGACGCCGUGCUGCCGGAGGAUGUCGUGCCCGUAGAGGACGCGAUGCUGCUGCUAGAGGACCUGGUGGUGGAGGACACCAUCUAGUAGAUGAGGCGGAUGAGGCCGAUCCCAUUCUAGAGGGCGUUCACGGUCUAGUCCAUCUGCAGCCGUUCCAAGCUGGUGGCAGCUCACCUGGAGGCUCACCUACGUUUACGCCGGCGCUCUUACUUGCUG